GCUACGAAAACAAAUCGCACCGAGUGACACGUGAUCAACAAGUGUUUAUUUUUUGAGGUUAUCGAGUGUGUGUAAAUAACAUUUGAAAAGACUAGAAUAAAUCUGCACUUUUAAUAUUAAAACAAAAACAAAAAAAAAAUUGUGGGGUACCAUAAAUGGGAACCAUAAUUAAUGAAAGUAUGCUGGAGCCUGCUCUCGAGCCCAAGUUGACGAACACGUCGCCGGAUUACGGCAAACCACCCGACAAGCAAAACGAGCUCCUGCAAACCCUAGGUGCGCCCCAUACCGAGUCUUUCAAUUACAUGCUCGAGGAUGGUCUUUUUCAAGCAAUAAAAGACAGUACACCAGUUUAUCUGACUCUUCCCAACAAUGACAACAUAGUUCUCUGGUUGGAGGAUGUGCAGAUCUACAAACCUACUGUGCCGUCUGGCACAAUUGGUGUGAAAAAUUUUAAAAUAUUUCCAAUAGAAUGUAGGCAAAGGGGUGCUACUUACAAGGGCAAGAUAGUAGUAAAGCUCGGAUGGUCUGUUAACGGCAAAGAGCAGGAAGUUCUUGAAAAGGAUUUGGGAGAAGUUCCAAUUAUGAUUAAGUCCAACCGAUGUCAUUUGAACAAAAUGAGUCCCGCAGAAUUGAUUGCUCACGGUGAACAUGAGCAAGAAUGGGGUGGAUACUUUGUAGUCAAAGGACUUGAGCGACUUGUACGUAUGCUGAUCAUGACGCGACAAAACUAUCCCAUUGCUAUCAAGAGAUCGACAUGGAAAACUCGCGGUGUGCAAUUCAGCGAUUUGGGAAUUUUUUUGAGGAGCGUUAGACAAGACAAUACUACUGUCAACAACACAUUGCACUAUGUCACGGACGGUUCCGCAAAAUUCGCGUUUAUGCAUAAAAAGGCCACGUACUAUGUGCCGCUGAUGUUGAUGCUAAAAUCUUUGGUGGACACGACCGACGUGUACAUUUACAGAGCGCUGAUUGCCGGAUGCGAAGACGAUUUGUAUUAUAAGAACUGCAUUAUAAAUAUGUUGCGCACUAUGCACGAAGAAAAUUUACAUUGGCACGAGCAAUGCAAAGCGUAUAUGGGAAAAAUUUUUAGAGUAAAAUUCUCCGUCGAAUUACCAUCGAAUGCGACCAAUAUAGACAUUUGCGAUUACAUCAUCAAACAUCAAGUCGCUAUUCAUCUCGACGAUCCUGCCGACAAGUUUCAACUACUUGUGUUCAUGACUAAAAAACUGUACGUUUUUGCUAACAAUAAAUGCGCCGUCGAGGGCGCGGACUCCGUGAUGAUGCAAGAGUGUUUGCUUGGUGGACACUUGUAUCUGCAAGUUCUCAAAGAGAAACUUUGUUUCUGGUUGACGAUACUUAAAACUCAAAUCCUCAAGCGCGCCAAAAGUGCCGGCAAUAGAUACACUUUAACUUUACAGGAGAUGUGGAACGUCACCAAAAUAAAGUGCAACAUUGACGGGCAAAUGGAAUACUUCCUGUCUACGGGAAACAUAAGGUCGCAAACAAAUUUGGGUCUCAUGCAGACUACCGGUCUUACGAUCGUUCCUGAAAAUAUCAACAGAAUGCGAUACAUGAGUCACUUUCGCGCGAUACACAGAGGCGCGUUCUUCCAAGAAAUGAGGACUACUGAAGCUAGACAACUGCUGCCUGACGCAUGGGGAUUUAUUUGUCCUAUACACACGCCGGACGGUGCUCCGUGCGGAUUGCUCAAUCACUUGACAAUGAAUUGCAUCGUCACGAAACAUCCAAAUCCAAAAUUGAAAGAUGCAAUACUCCCGAUACUGGUGGAUCACGGAAUGAUUCCUUUAUUUAUCGCGCACAAGUGGAAGGAAUCGUACACCGUCAUAUUGGAUGGGAAAGUGAUUGGUUUGAUUGAAGACAAAAUUGUCAGCAAAGUGGUCCAUAAACUCAGAUUGCUUAAAAUAGAGGGCAAAGAGAUACCGUCAACGUUGGAAAUCGCACUGGUGCCGAAGAAACAAGUCCCGAGUCAGUAUCCGGGAUUGUUCUUGUUUACCAACGCGGCCAGAAUGAUGAGACCGGUGAUAAAUUUAGCCGCGCAGAAGAUUGAACUUAUCGGAACGUUUGAGCAAAUUUAUCUGGACAUCUGCGUGAUUCCUGAAGAAUUUUACAAUGGAUUGACAACUCAUCAGGAGAUAAGUCAGACAACUAUCUUCAGCAAUUUAUCCAAACUCAUUCCAAUGCCGGAUUGUAAUCAGAGUCCCCGGAAUAUGUAUCAGUGUCAGAUGGGUAAGCAAACAAUGGGCACACCAUGUCACAACUGGCAUUUGCAGUCGCAAACGAAAUUGUACAGGCUGCAAACGCCUGCCACGCCGCUCUUCAGACCGGUACAUUACGACAACAUUAAUAUGGACGAUUUCCCGAUGGGUACCAACGCGAUAAUUGCUGUUAUUUCGUACACCGGAUACGAUAUGGAAGACGCGAUGGUCAUCAACAAAUCGUCGUUCGAACGCGGUUUCGGUCACGGAACGAUCUACAAGUCGGAAUUUGUCGAGCUAAAUGACAAGAAGAGUUACUUCGCCCGCAAUACAGAUAAGCCUGAACACGCAGAAACGUUGGAUAUCGAUGGUUUGCCUAUUCCGGGUUGUCUCAUCAAAGAAGGUGACGCGUACUACAGUUAUUACGACGCCGACAAUGCUCAUUAUGUUGUCGGAACGUAUAAAAGUACAGAAAGCGCUUACGUCGAUAAUGUGAAGCUGUGCGGCACGUUCAACACUCAAGAUGUCCGAAAAGCGUGCAUCACGUUCCGUAUUCCCAGAAAUCCUACCGUGGGAGACAAAUUCGCGUCAAGAGCAGGACAGAAGGGAAUCCUCUCGCGGUUAUACCCCGCCGAAGAUUUGCCAUUCACAGAGACUGGAAUGAUUCCCGACAUUAUAUUCAAUCCACACGGUUUCCCAAGUCGUAUGACUAUAGCUAUGAUGAUCGAGGUGAUGGCAGGAAAAUCCGCGGCUAUACACGGGCUGGUUCACGACGCCACGCCUUUUAGAUUUAACGAGGAGAACACGGCCGUGGACUAUUUCGGGAAAUUGUUAGAACUCGGCGGUUACAAUUAUUUCGGCACCGAGAGGAUGUAUUCGGGCAUAUACGGAUGCGAAAUGACCGCCAGUAUCUUUUUCGGUAUCGUGCAUUAUCAGAGAUUACGACACAUGGUAUCUGAUAAGUGGCAGGUGAGAAGUACCGGACCAAUUGACGUACUAACGAGACAACCGAUCAAAGGUCGACGACGCGGCGGUGGUGUUCGAUUCGGAGAAAUGGAACGAGACGCUCUGAUCUCUCACGGCUGCUCGUAUCUUCUUCAAGACCGUUUGUUUCAUUGUUCUGACAAAUUUACCACUCUAGUAUGCCGAAAAUGCGGCUCACUGCUCGGCCCGGAAUUGAACAUAAAACGCAAAACCGACAUCGACGAUACCAAGUGCCGUCUGUGCGGCGAAGAGGAUGCAGUGAGCGAGAUCGAAGUGCCGUACAUCUUCAGAUACCUUUUGAUACAACUGGCGUCUUGUAAUAUCAACGUUAAAUUGCAAUUAAAGCAAAUUUAAAAAAUCAGGAAUCUAGUGUGCUCGUAAAUGAUAUAGCUUUAAUAUUUGUAUGUAUUGUGUGUGUAUAUAUAUACAGAACGUUUUUCCACAGAAUAACAUUUUUAAUAAUUUCUUCAACAUUCCAGAACAAACUCUCAUCACUAACAGACCUCAAAACACCCAACGAAAGUUGUUACAUUGUUGAUCGGUUUCACAUACUCGGUGGAUGUGAAAUGUUUAUAUCUAUGCCCAGAUCGUUUUAUAUAUGUACAAUUCCGUCAACAAAUUAUUACAAAAUUAGAUUGCACGAAAGAAAAAACA